AUGAUAAACGAAGGUUGUUUGAGUGAAUCUGAAUUUUUGGUGAAGGCAGCCCAAUUCUUUAAGAUUGCGAACGAAAAGAAGAUUACAGUACAUGUCAGCGUUAAAAGAUUAAUAAAAUUAGAUCACGUUGAAGGAAACCCAGAAAGAGACGCUACUAAAUUUCCUCACUAUGAUGUUUCUAAAGUUUCUUCCAUAAGUAAGCAAGUCGAAAAUAACUCAACAACAAAAUAUCCUCUAUUGAUAAGAAUAUGGUAUGCCUCUCAUACAAAGAAGACUAAAUGUUCGGCCAUUGUCGAUGCUUCUAAUCUUGAUAAGUUCUGGCAAGAUUACUCUAACAUUGCAAAAAGUGGAAUGCAAGGGUUAAUUAAAAAGAAGAAGAAGAAGUCCAAGAAUUCUACCUCUAAGGACAAGAAGAAGAAAUCUAAAAGAGUUUCUAAAUGA